AUGAACGAACUUCGCAAAGUAGGCGAAGAACACUCAAGGCCGACCUAUAUCCCGCCAAAUAUUGGUGAACCUACAUAUACAGAAUGUAUAUGGUGGAUAAGGCCAACGUUACCACAAUCCAACUUUCAUACUACUUUCUAUCUUAACAAAAACAAAUCCAAUUCAUCGCCAAACUCAGAAGUGUCCUCAGAUAUCUCUCCUGACACAACUAUUCCGACGCGUUUAGAUCCUGAUCGCGCCGCAGAACGUCGUCUUCAAAUAUCUUUUACAUGCAAAGUUUGCUUACAUCGUUCAACAAAAACAAUGUCAAAACUUGCUUAUGAACAAGGGGUGGUAUUAAUUGAAUGUCCAUCCUGUCUAAAUCGUCAUUUGAUUGCUGACCAUUUGGGAUUCUUUCGUGAUAAGAGAACCACUGUUGAAGAUUUAAUGUUGGAACAAGGUGAAAAAAUUAUAAAAAUAGUCGGAUCAGGUGAGUAUAAAGUCUUUGAAGGUUAUCCGCGCGUAACUCAAGAGGAAGAAAAAAAAUUGAAGGAAGCCGAGAAGGUCAUUAAUGAGGAUUAA